AUGCUGACGAGAAAUCAGGUCGCCAUCCAAAAGGAGCACCUCGAGCAUUUCACACCGCUAUGGGAGUCACUUCAAGCUGCAUGCAGGGGCCGACUGGCGAGAAAUAGCGUUCAGGCUCUCAAAGCAGAACUUCGACAACACUCUCAGGCAAUUGGCAAUUUGCAAGCCUGCAUCCGCGCCAGUGCUGUGCGAAGAGACGUUGCUGAGACGCUGGAAGGCUUGACCGAGAACGAACCCUGUGUUGUCGACCUCCAAUCCCAGAUCCGUGGUAUGCUAGAGCGUCAACGACUUGCUUCUGACCGCCAGGCACUGGCUCGACAAACCCCCAAGAUCACUGGUCUCCAAGCGCAAAUCUGUGGUUUCCUCUAUCGUCAACAGCAUUUCGAAUUUCUCGACAACCUCCGCGCCAACGAAUCGGAAAUCGUGUCUCUUCAAGCCUUAUCGAGAGCCAUGCUACUAAGAGCGAAGGUAGGAGACCUAUUGGCGCAACUGGAAGAAGAAGAAGAGUCUAUCAUCGCAAUUCAAGCAGCUGCCAAGGCAUUCAUCGUUCGAGCCAAGUUCGUGGAGAAGAAACGAUUUUUCAAGGAGAAUAUGCAAAAGGUUGUGAAAAUCCAGAGCUUCGUCCGAGCUAAGCUUCAGGGAGAGGCGUACAAGAGCCUCACUACCGGAAAGAACCCGCCCGUGGGAGCUGUGAAGAACUUCGUCCAUCUGCUCAAUGAUAGCGACUUUGACUUUAAUGAAGAGGUCGAGUUCGAGCGAAUGAGAAAGACGGUGGUCCAGCAGGUGCGACAAAACGAAAUGUUGGAACAGUAUAUCGACCAGCUUGACAUCAAGAUUGCUCUGCUGGUCAAGAACAAAAUCACCCUGGACGAGGUUGUGAGACAUCAAAACAACUUUGGUGGCCACACGGGCACUCUCCUCGCAAAUAGCUCAAUGUCGUCUGCCAACCAAUUCGAUCUCAAAGCUCUCAACAAGAGUUCAAGAAAGAAGCUCGAUUCUUACCAGCAGCUUUUCUUCAACCUUCAAACUCAGCCACAAUACCUGGCACGCUUGUUCAAGCGCAUCCGCGAGCAAGGUACCGCCGAGAAGGAGUGCAAGAGAGUGGAGCACCUGAUGAUGGGGCUUUUCGGAUAUGCCCAAAAGCGAAGAGAAGAGUACUACCUCUUGAAGCUGAUUGCGAGAUCCAUGCGCGAAGAGAUCGAUGGCUGCCAGUCGCUUCAAGAUUUCCUCCGUGGCAACUUUUUCUGGUCUAAGCUAUUGAGCAACUAUGCUCGCUCUCCUCGGGAUAGGAAGUACUUAAGGGACUUGCUUGGCCCUUUAAUCAGAGACAACAUUAUCGAAGACCCAGCUUUGGACCUUGAAAGCGACCCAAUGCAGAUCUACCGAUCGGCAAUCAACAACGAAGAACUGAGAACAGGACAACCAAGUCGGCGACCUCUGGAUAUUCCCCGAGAGCAGGCAAUCAAAGACCCUGAAACAAGAGAGCUCUUCAUUGAUCAUCUUCGUGAUCUUCGAGAAAUUUGCAAUCAAUUUUUGUCGGCCCUCGAAGAGCUUCUGCCUCGACUGCCAUAUGGCUUGCGUUAUCUCUGUCAACAAAUGUUCGAAUUCCUUUGCCAACAUUUCAAGAGAGAACCCCAACAUCAACAUCUGCAAACUGUUGGCAACUGGUUCUGGCGCUUUUAUUUGCAACCAGCACUCGUUGCUCCGGAGAAUGUUGGCGUAAUCGAGAAACAGCUCAGCCCAUUACAAAAGCGGAAUCUCGGCGAAGUUGCAAAGGUUUUGGGCCAGAUUGCCUCCGGCCGCCCCUUUGGCGGAGAAAACAUCUAUCUACAGCCGCUCAAUGCUUUCUUGGCAGAAUCAAUGGAACGCCUGGGCAGUAUUCUGGCUGAUCUCAUCUCUGUCCCGGAUGCCGAAAACACAUUCGACAUCGAUGAGUUCAACGAUCUCUAUGCUAAGAAUAAGCCGACCCUCUAUAUCAAAAUGACUGAUAUCUUUGCCAUCCACAACCUGAUCGCCUCGGAACUGCCAUACCUUUGUCCAAAUCGAGAUGAUGUACUUCGCGAGAUCAUGCAAGAUCUUGGUAGCGCCAAGAGCAACGAGAACGAGAUGACCGCUGCUGGCUCCUCCGAUAUUCAGAUGUUCUUGACUCCCAAAUUGCACGAUAUUGAUGACCCCGAAGCUGAGGUCAAGGCUCUGUUCAUGGAGACGAAGAGAUGUGUUCUCUACAUCAUUCGGGUGCAGACAGGAGCCAACCUGUUAGAGAUUUUAGUCAAGCCAAUAUCACCAGAAGACGAGCACAAGUGGCGAGUCGUUCUGCGAGAUGACUUCUCGGCGGGAACCAACACUAGAGGAGCAUACUCUGACGCUAAUAUGAUUGACGUGACGAGGAUGUCGUAUUAUGAGCUUAAGCGUACCGCGCUGGAGAACGUCUUGAGACUGGAGCACAUGGGGCGUAUUUCCAAGCACAAUUUCUAUCAAGACAUACUCAAUGCGAUCGCCCUCGACAUCCGGACAAAGAGCCGUAGAAGAGUGCAAAGACAGCGCGAGUUGGAAGGUGUUCGUCUUACGCUUGGAAACCUGCACGAGAAGGCCAAGUAUCUUGAACAGCAGCGCAAGAGUUAUGACGACUAUAUCGAGCAAGCUAUGGCAACCUUACAAAAGAACAAAGGCAAGAAGAAAUUCCUCCUACCCUUCACUAGGCAAUAUAAUCACCAACGGGAGCUGGAGCGCAGCGGGCGAGUCCCCAAAUUCGGCUCAUAUAAGUACAGCGCGCGGCAACUCAUGGACAAGGGUGCGCUUGUUAGCUGGACUGGUACGGCAGAUCGCGAUUGGGACAAAAUCAAUCUCACCAUCUCGUGUGACGAGGUUGGUGUCUUUUCAAUUGAAGGAUCCCGUGGCCACAUUCAAAUCCCAGGCGCGAGCGCACUGGUGCCUAUCGAAGACCUACUCCAGGCGCAAUUCGAGGCUCAUCAGUUCAUGACUCUCUUUGAGGGCAACCUUCGGCUAAACGUUAAUCUUCUCCUGCAUUUGCUUUACAAGAAGUUCUACAGAACUCAGUAG